UCCAAGUACUUCGUCGACCCACCCCACUCGCGAACCCACCUGUCUGGCUGUCUCAUCCUCCCCCUCCGCCGCCGUCCUCCGAUCGAGCCAUGGAUCCGGCUCUUCGCCGCCGCUCCCGCCUCCCUAUCCACAUGCUGGUAUUGGUCGUCGCCGUUCUCGUGGUCCUCGCCGCGCGAUCCGGCGCCGAGGUCAUCACCCUCACCGAAGAGACCUUCACCGACAAGGUAAAGGAGAAGGACACCGUAUGGUUUGUGCAAUUCUGUGUCCCUUGGUGUAAACACUGCAAGAGCCUAGGAACACUAUGGGAGGACUUGGGGAAGGUUAUCGAGGGUACGGAUGAAAUUGAAAUUGGGAAAGUUGAUUGUGGUGCAAGCAAACCAGUAUGUUCAAAAGUGGACAUUCAUUCAUACCCAACAUUCAAGGUGUUUUAUGAUGGCGAAGAAGUUGCAAAAUAUAAAGGACCUAGGAACGUUGAGUCUCUCAAGAAUUUUGUGUUAAAUGAGGCUGAGAAAGCUGGGGAGGCGAGACUUCAAGACGAGCUUUAGGUGUUCAUAGCACACUCAUGCUGAUAGACAAUGAUACUCCAGUCAAGCUUGUUAAAAUAGUGCUCGACCUAUCGAUUUUCCUUUUGUUUUUAAGUUCGAGCUGUCAUGUAUUGCCUCCGGGGUUUGAUGCUAACUUACAAUGUUACCUAGUCAGAUGCGAGAAGAAAAUUGUUUGUAUCAUUAACAUUUUGUACUCGAUCAGAAGAGCCUGCACGACCCAAACGAUUUUGUGGAAGCUACAAACAAUUGAGAAAACAGGCAUGAGGCAUCAUGUUUUGAUUUUUAUAAA